AACAAGUAUAAGGUGAAUCGCGGAAUCAGGAUUUCAUUCCUCGGUCGCAAAGCAUGUACCGUUUUAGUGUCGUUCUGUUGUCGAUCCUGCAAGUGGGAGCCGUUACGUUUUUACCGAAACGCGAAUAUAAUAUCUCGCUGCAAGUGAAAACGACCAAUGGCAUCGUGCAGGGAAGAAAAAUGGCAACAGAAAACGGUAAGCGUUAUUUUGCAUUCAGAGGAAUACCAUUUGCCCGACCACCACUUGAGGAUUUAAGAUUCAGGAGUCCGCAGCCACCAGAGGAAUGGAAGCAAGUAGUAGAUGCAACAAAGGACGUCGUGUCUUGCAUGGAAGUCCAAACUAGAUCCACACGAGUUCAAAUAGUUGGUUCGGAAGACUGUCUUUACCUCAAUGUUUAUACACCAGUGGGUAAUUUAAAGGAGGAACAAGGAAGUCUUCCAGUAUUCUUCUACAUAUAUGGUGGAGGAUUUUAUGAAGGGACAUCAUCUGAUGAGAUAUAUGGACCGGGGCACUUCAUCGACCAGAAUGCUAUUCUUGUAAUUGCAAACUACAGGCUAGGCCUAUUUGGUUUUUUAAGCACUGAAGACCUAGCUUCGCCAGGCAAUUAUGGCUUGAAAGAUCAACACUUAGCGCUUCUCUGGGUAAAGUCUAAUAUCCGAUAUUUUGGAGGUAACCCACAGAAGGUAGUAAUCAUAGGACAAAGUGCUGGUGCUAACAGUGUCAUGCAUCAUGUCAUCUCUCCAAAAAGUAAGGGGCUAUUCAGUGCUGCAGUUCCUCUUAGCGGAGAUACCUUAGUCGAGUGGGGUAACCAGCGAAGGUAUGGCCAGAACAUCAUAAUCUCGGUUGCGCACUAUUAUAUGUAGUUGAAGCUGAGCAAUACCAUGAAAUUAUGUUUCAGUCCCAAGAGUAUUGCACAAGACGUGGCGAUAACAUUAGGGAUCCCGUACCAAAAUACUACAAAAUUCGUAGAGACGUUGAGAAGAUUACCUAGUAAAAAAUUGCAAAAGGCCAACUUGGAGGUCACCCUAGUUCGCCUAACAUCAAUGUUAAUGGAUGGCUAUGCGUUUACACCAACAAUAGAAGUUGACCAUAAAGACGCUUUUAUCACCGAUCUAACAUACAAUUCACUUGAAAAUGGAAAUUUUGCAAAAGUACCUAUAAUAAUGGGAAUGACCAGUCUCGAGACAGUAUUCUUCGCUGUGCUUACUGGCCCAGUCAGGUUCCUUUUGCUUCUAUACGAUUUGAGCCCACCAAUGUUACUUGCAAGACUGAAUACUAUGAAUCAACGGCAAAAGUAUGAAAUAGCCAAAAUGAUCAAAAAGGCAUAUUUUCAGGGCGAUUUUUUAGCAUCAGCAUCCAAAGAAAAUAUAACACAGUACCUUACAGACAAAAUGUUCCUGAGGCCUCUGAUGAAAACAUCAAGACUGCUGUCAAAGUACACCAACGUAUUUUUUUACGUUUAUGAUUACACGAUUCCGGUUGCCAAAGAAUAUUACAAGAACUUAGGGUAUCUGAUUGAUACGGAAAUUAAAGGGGCUGGACACUGCGAAGACCUGGCAUGUUACUUCACUUCCAAAUACUUACCCAAGGAUCCUAUACUAACAGAUUUGGAAAUGAAGCAUUGCGGAAAAAUGAGGAAAUUUCUUAUGAAUCUUGCAUUAUUUGGGAAUCCAACUCCCCAAAAGGAUAACGAAUUGCAAAACCUAUUAUGGACUCCAGUAAAGAACCCCAGAGAAUUGAAUUACCUCCAUAUUGCUGAAAACUAUACGAUAAAGCAAAACUAUCGAGGAGAAUUUGUACGUUUAUGGGACAAUAUUUUCGAAACAUACGUUAAGAAACCCUAUAAGACUUACUGAAAUGCUGCUAAAUUCACAUUGUGUUCUCAGUAUAUCUUUGGAUUAAUACUAAUUAGCUCAGGAGCACAAAAUUUUGAGUAAUAUUUGUAAAGACUGACUACGAGUUCAUGACUGGCUCAUUUUGUGUGGAACGUGUCAAUGAUACAUUUCUAUCAUGUUAAAAAUGAUGAAUUGCUUGACGGAUUUUAUGGGCCAUUAGAUAAUAAAGAUUUUCAACAAUAUCUAAAAGGUAUGUUUGUUUCACGAAUUUAUCUUGUCGAUGACUUUUAUGUCAAUAAAAUGAAUGUCGAGGGUGAUAAGAUGAUUGAACUUUAAGCUGCUCCAUGUAUUACCGUCGACCAGUUAAAGUAGGUAGGCAGUAUUAUCAGGGACAAUAAGCAGCAAAUGGUUUACAAGAUCUUAUCAACGUAAUGAAUAAAAAAGUGCAUCUCCUAUUUUGCAUAAUUGAACAGAAACAUGUUUCAAACCAUUAUGCGCUAUUAGAAUAAGGUGACGUUUUUAUUUUUCCAUUGGAUAAUGGGACAUCAAUUAAGUAUAUGAACCGCAAAUUUGCGCACAUUACAGAGAGAGCAC